AUGGAAGGCUCCCCACGACAGCAAUUAAGUGCUCAGACACGAGAAGUCAUAUUCAAUGUCCACGAGUACUUCAAAAGGGAGAAAGAAAACAAAACUGUUAUGCAUGGCUUUGACAAGGCAGUACAACGUACAAUGGAUGCAACUAAGCAGUGCAGAAGUACGAUAUAUCGCAUUUGUAAGGAAGGAAAAGACAACUUAGAAGAAAAUGAAGCUCCCGUUUUUAACGUAAAGAAAAGGAAAAGACCACCAACUGUAACCAACAUCGAUGGAUUUGAUCAGUGCGUUUUACGAAGGACAGUUCUCGGUUAUUAUGUCAGAAAGGAAAUUCCAACGCUGGAUAGCAUUCUACUUGAAGUCAAAGAAAAUAUUGGAUUUAGUGGAUGCAGAGAAUCUUUACGUAAGAUACUUAAAGAAAUUGGAUUUAAAUACGGAAGAGUUAACGGGCGGAAAUUUCUACUGGAGAGAAGUGAUAUUGCAAGUGCCAGGACCAAGUUCCUACGUGAAAUGAAAAAUAUUAGGGGUACAGGAAAUAAGUCUGUUAUAUUUCUGGAUGAAACCUGGAUUAAUCAGAACUAUACAGUCACCAAGUGUUGGAUGGAUGAAAGUUCGACAGGAGCAACUGGAAUAAACCCACCAAGCGGGAAAGGGAGUAGAAUUAUCAUUUUGCAUGCUGGAUCUGAGCAAGGAUUCGUGCCAAAUGCACAGUUGGUAUUCCAAGCAAAGAACGACGGUGACUAUCACCACCAAAUGAAUCACAUUGUAUUCGAAAAAUGGUUUCGAGAGCAGCUCAUACCCAAUAUACCACAACAGUCCGUUAUAAUUAUGGACAACGCAUCAUACCAUUCAGUGCAAAGUGACAAACCUCCUACCAUGGCAAGCACAAAGGGAGCGAUCCAAGACUGGUUAAGAAAUAAAGGUGAAAAUCCCCCAGAAUAUCUGACGAAGUGUGAAUUGCUUGAAAUGGUGAAAGCAGUGAAACGUGGAAAUGCUCCAAAAUAUGUCAUCGACAAAAUAGCUUUGGAAAAAGGUCACAGGGUCGUAAGGCUGCCACCUUAUCACUGCCAUUAUAGUGCAAUUGAACUCAUUUGGGCGCAGGUUAAAAACUUUGUAGCCAAAAGGAAUACAUUUAAAAUGGCAGAUCUAACAUCUUUGCUGCAAGAGGCACUGUCAUGCGUGACAGCAGAAAAUUGGAAAAAUGCCGUUACUCAUGUUGAGAACAUCAUUAUAAAAGACACAGAGAAUGAUGUUGCUGUGAAUCAGUUUGUUGAUUCAUUUGUUAUAGAAGUAACUUCAUCUGAUGAAGAAUAG